GUAGCCACAACCAAAUCGCAAAUCCCAUCCCGCGACUGCAUCUCGGACUCAUCCGUUCAUCUCUAUCCAUCCCAACAUGCUGCACCGCGCUGUUUCUCGUUCCCCCCACCUCCUCGACAGUCGACAGUCCUCUUCGUCCACAAGUACCAGGUCAGUUCGCUUGUUCCCGUCGAAUUAGACCCCUCGAUCGGCUCGUUCAACGACGCGGGCUUGGCAAUGCGUUGCGACCCAAGCCUGAGGGCGCGAAGCCCGCAAGAGUCGAUGCCAAGACACAUGAUGGCUUGUCAACUUGUGGCAGCCGAGGGGCUGCUGUAGCCUUGACAACUUCAUUCUUCCUUCUUGCUGUUAACCAACAAGUGUUUACACUUCAGCCAACACAUGCAUCGCUGUGCGUCCUCCCGCUGGGAGCAUGUCUCUCUUAUUAGCAACGGACACGGACGUGAAAGGCGCAGACAAGCCCACCCCUGGCCCGCAUGGCAGUUCAUCAAGCCAUCAUUGACCAAGGCGCCUCAGCUCGUAGGUACGAAGGAAUCGCACCCGCGCUCAUACAUAACGACCAAACCCUAUCCGCAUUCGCAUCCGCAUCCAUCAACCGCAGAACCACAAACCCCCUUAUCUGCAUUCGGAUCGCCCCAAAAAGGCCAAAAAGGGGGGCCGUUCGUUGUCGGACACUCCUGAAGCGUGGGAGUCCCUGAGACUGCGGUAGACUCGUGGUGGAGUGUGCAUCGGAGCAAAAACAAGAGAGGAGAAAAAAGAAAGGAAAACCUGGGGGAAUCUUGCUACGCCGCGGCGGGCCCGUCCCAUCCAAAUUCCUCUCCUUACUGGGCUCCUUUCUCACUUUCCCCUCUCCCUCGUCUAACCCUGCAACUCUUCCCCGUCCGGCCUUGCUGACUUGUGUUGCCGUGUCGGUGUAGCCCUGCCAAGUUCUCUGACUGCUUUUACAUAAGGUCGCCAUCUCGCAUCGCGCCCUCGCUCGGCCUCCCCCCCGCGAGCUGCUCGCUGGGUAAGACAGGCCUGGGCAUACGUAUUUUCUUUCGUUCUCGUUCAACCCUCUCGCGACUCGCCAGCGUUGGACUCAAAGCUCAAACGCUGUCUCACUUCGCGUACAUCCCCCCUCCUAAUCAAUAUCUAAUAUCUCACCCUCGCGCCUCUCCCUCUCCUUUUCACUUCCACAACGCUCUUAAUCUCUCCAACGCCGCUUUUUGCCCGCCCACUAUGGUUUCAACGUCAUUGCUGCUAUCCCUCCCCGACGAGGUUCUCCUCCAGAUCGUGGGCCAUCUGACGCCGCCGCUCGAUGGCCUCGAUAUCCCGUUCCAGGCCUACACCGACCCUGAUGGCGUCGUCGUCACGAACCGCGUCGCCCUUUACCGCCUCGCCUUUGUAUCUCGUCGCUUGUCCGAUCUGGCCAUCCCCCAUCUAUACCAGACCGUCUAUCUCUGGGGCCAGACCCGGCUUCAGUCACUGCUCCAGACUCUGCUCGAGCGUCCUGAGUUGGGCGAGAACAUGCGCAUCCUUUCCUACGUCUCUUGUCUGGGCACAGAUCACUAUCCCACCGACGUUCUCUGCCCCUAUAAGCGCACCCAAUGGCGCCGCCUGGUAGAUGCCUCGCCGCGCUUCCCAGAUCGCAUCAAGACCGCAGUGCGUGACGCCAAGACGGAGCUCGAAUUCGCCCAGAUCGUCUUCGCUCUCGUUCUCUACUCGUCACCGAACCUGCGCACCCUGCACAUGCGCAUGCCCUUCGCCGCUGGGGAGUACCAGAAGCUCAAGGCCAUCCUCACGCCAGACAUUGAACCCGCCGAAGGCUCCCCCCGCGUCUUGGGUUCCCUCACUCGCGUCAUGCUCGAGCCCAUGCCCGACUUCCCAGGAGCGAGCUUCUGGCCCCGUCGUGAACUGCCGUGCCUCCUGCGGCUGCCCAGUUUGCGCUCCGUCGAACUCGGCUCCGCUGUUUUCCGGCCCGCCGUCCUCGAGCCUGGCGACGGCUGGGGCGACGAUGGCAGUUGGAAGAACGUCGAGGAGAUUCGGCUUGUGCGCAGUAGCAUGUGGGGCCAAGGUUGGCAUGCCAUUUGCGCCCUCUGUCCCAACUUGAAGCGUCUCGAAAUGGGCCCCUCUGGUGUUGCCGAGCAGGCCGCCGACGGUGUACACAACCUCAACACGGCGCUGUCUCUUGUUUCCGAAACUCUUGAAACCUUCUCGUUCGAGGGCAUUCUGGCUGGCAAUUUUUCUCAGCAUAUUGGCGGAGACGGCACCCUCACCUGCCUGCCCAAGAUGACGGCCCUGCGCAAUGUCAAGAUUGAUAUUGGCAUUCUGUACGGCAAACCCCAGAGCGUGGAAACCAUCGACAUCCGUCACCGUCUUCCGCCGUCGUUGGAGAUCCUCGAUCUGGCCGAACUCUGGCAUGACGUGGAGGUUGACCAGCUUUCGCGCAAGGAGCGCUCCAAGUACGAAAGGGGCCUGCAAGAUACUCUGCACAAGCUCGUCUUCGAGACUAAAGACGUGCUGCCCAAUCUGAAAGAGAUUACCUUCCGGCCAAACCCUUUUUACGACCCAUUUCCGAUUCCAGAGGCUCUUACGUCCUGCGCUUCUGACAUCAGUUUCAAGCUCGUCUACUAGGUAAUCU